AACGAGGACGAGGCCGGUCAGGAGCCGUUUCCUGGGUGCGUAAAGGCGUCACCGCGACGGGCAGGUCAGCCCGUUGAAGGGGGAGAGCCGCUACGGGCGAUGUGACGAGAACUAGAUAAGUUUACCGAAGUCUGGCUGGCUGGCGCUGUCGCAUUCAUCGGGCAGGACAACGAGAAGCAGAACACCGCCGUGCCUCACGAGGACAUCCAGACAACUGGAUUAACUGUCGGUAUCAUUUUGGAUAUAGGGGAGCGCGAGAAGGACCGGAGGGCAGCCCCGGAGAGGGCAAGUGUGUACUGUGGCGCUGCGGGGUCUUGCUAGCGAAAGAUGAACAAAAAUCACCGAGUACCGAGCAACCGAAGUCUGAGCGCCGUGGAGGUGAAGAGUAAGUUCGGAGCCGAGUUCCGCCGGUUCUCCCUGGACCGGUCGAAGCCGGGCCGGUUCGAUGAGUUCUACGGCCUGCUGCAGCAUGUCCAUCGUAUCCCCAACGCAGAGCUGCUGGUGGGCUACGCAGACGUGCACGGAGACCUGCUGCCCAUCAACAACGACGACAACUACCACAAGGCCAUCUCCACCGCCUCGCCACUGCUCAGGCUCUUCCUUCAGAGGAAAGAAGAGGCAGACUACUCGGCCUUCGGUACUGACUCCCUGACCAGGAAGCGCACGGUCCUCUCUGCGGUGCUCCUGCGUCCUGACGCGGGCAGGAAGAAGCCUCCGGUCAUCAUCAGCCUCCCGCGAGACUUCCGUCCCGUGUCGUCCAUCAUCGACGUGGACAUCCUCCCUGAGAGCCACCGGCGCGUGCGUCUCUACAAGCACGGCCAGGAGAAGCCGCUGGGCUUCUACAUCCGGGACGGCUCCAGCGUGCGCGUCACGGCCCAGGGCCUGGAGAAGGUCCCGGGGAUCUUUAUCUCCAGGAUGGUGCCAGGGGGGCUGGCGGAGAGCACGGGGCUGCUGGCCGUGAACGACGAGGUGCUGGAGGUGAACGGCAUCGAGGUGGCGGGGAAGUCCCUGGACCAGGUGACCGACAUGAUGAUCGCCAACAGCCACAACCUCAUCGUCACGGUGAAGCCGGCCAACCAGCGCAACAACGUGGUGCGAGGAGGAGGGGGGGGAGGGGCGUCCGGGAGCUCGGGGCGUUCGUCCGACAGCGGGGCCAGUUACUACGGUUACUCGGGCGGCGCCGUGGCGACGACACCCACGCACAUCAUUCAGAACUUCGAGGAGGAGGAUCUGGACAGCGAGGAGGACGAGGAGGACCUGGUGAUCGAGGCCGGGGCAGGGACCGGGGCAGGGACCGGGGCAGAGGCCGGGGCAGAGGCCGGGGCAGGGGCCUCCCCCAUCCUCGGGGCUGUGCCCGCCAGCUCCAGCAUGCCCUCGCUCCCCCGCUACGAGCCACACCUUAACCUCCGCACUGGCCCCGCCCCCUUCACUGGCCCCGCCCCUGCAAAGUCCAACGGAAGCCUGGGGGCCAAUAGCAGCACGGGGUCUCUCAGCCUUCUCGACAGGGGCCCUGAGGGGCGGAGCCUGGAGGAGGACGGAACUGUCAUAACACUGUAGAGACGCACACACACACACACUAUCACACACACACUAUCACACACACACACACCUUGAAAGAGCACACUGGUAUCCAGUACGUCCAUGGAGGGGUGGACUUGAUCUGUACCCUCAAGCAGCACCUGAGAAGCACUACAUCCUGCUUGCUUUUAGACAGACAGACAGACAGACAUGCCAACGACCCUGCAUGUGUGCCAUAGCAACAACAAGCCCCUCCCACACUGUCAGACAGUCAGGUUGAUGAUGUCACAGGGUGUUUGGUGGGUCUGGACGCUCUGAUUGGCUCUUCCCAAUGACUCGGCCUGGCUGGCUGGGCAUGGCAGUCCCCUGUCCCUCCACUAGAGGGUGCUGGUGAUGAGGGGCUUCGUUAACACGUCACCUUUCAAAGAAUAAGAAAGAAAGAAAGCGUGUUUUUUAUUGAACGAGCGAGCGAACGCACUUAUCUGGGGGAUCCGAGGUUGGACUUCUCUCCUCCCUGGUAACCAUCUCAUCUUGCCUUGUCUCUGCGUUCAGCAAUAACCACUCCCCCUUAAGCAAUCGCGGCGUGCAAUUGGGUGAAACUUUUUAGAUUCCAAUGUGCGUGUUACCAUAGUAACUGGCAAAUUGAGCUGAGGUCUGCAAUAAUGUUUUUUUUGUUUUUUGGUCUGGCUGGAGAGGAAAAGAAACUGAGUAAUAAUGUGUGUUUUAGUAAGAAGCCAGUUCUAUAUUACUGCUGCUCCUCCUCCUCACUGAUCAUGUGGUUCAAGCAGCUGCAUAACUCAAACAGACAAAAAACACUUGUUUUUGUUUUCUUUUUUGUGACUUGUUUUGAUGCAAGAUGAUUGGUUCCGUGUUGUGACUGGGAGUGUUCUAAUUGGGUAUACUUUUCGACUGACCAUAUGACCACUAAGGAAGCGAGCACCUUUCUCCAUCCGACCAAUGGGAUGUUGUCAGCUGUAUAUUACUAUAAGUAGUAAAUAGCCCAUAGCUGUCUCCCCUCCUGAGGACAGUGGAACCUGUCGCAGAAGUAGAAUAUACUUCCUGUGGCUGCAGGAAGUGGAAGACUUUCCUCCUCUCCUGACACAGCAUGAUUGUAAAAUGGGAUUUGUCUGGACCAUGAAUCAUCUCUCACUCUUCUCAGUGCUGUAUAUUCAUCAUGACAUCUCUUUCUCUCUAUCUAUCUCUCUCUAUCUCUCUCUAUAUCUCUCUCUCUAUCUCUCUUUCUCUCUCUCUCUCUCUCUCCUUUACCACUUCUUGUCUCCCCCUCCUCAUGGGCUCUGUCUCUGAGUCCACUUGGAUGUGUCCAGUAAACUUUCACGUAUGAAGAGUGACUCAGUAGACGUUCACGUAUGAAGAGUGACUCAGUCAACACACAGGAAAUGCAGGUAGUAACACCUGUUCUCCUGUACACUCUGAAUCCUUUAUCAGUCUCACUUAGCAGAGCACACACACGCAGGCUGCGGCAAAACACACACACACACACCACACACCACACACACACCAGGGACGUGGGCAGGAAAGCGAGUUGGAAUGUAGUUCUGGUACGAAACCAUCGAUCUUUGUUUCCACUCAUUAAGAUGUUGGAAAUGAUCUGGGAUCUGCCAGGCAAAGUCUGCACUGCCUGGGACAGUGUGAAAGGGCUUUGUUCUUCAGCAAGUUGUCAUCUCCACACCCAGGUAAAUACCUGUGCUGUGUUCUCCUCAGUUGUGUAGGGCCCUGUUGAUAUGGGACACACACAAACACACGCACACACACACAGGCACACAGAAACCUGGGAGGGUGUGUUUGGGGAGGGUGGGGCCUGUCUACCUGAUGUAUGACUAGGUGUGGAUGACUAGGUGUGGAUGACUAGGUGUGUAUGCGUGAGUUUGUGUGUACACACCUGACUGUACUUGAGGGAUACAACUGUCACUACACUGUACAGUAGAGCUAUUCCUGGACUACAACUCCCACCAAACUGUACAGUACAGGCUUUUCCUGGACUACAACUCCCAUCAGCUGUACUGAGUGUGGGCUGUAAGCACUGCAGACACCCCCCUGUGGAGAGGGAGCAGAUGUUGCAAUGCAUUGUUGUUAAUGAAGUAUUCUGCCCCUCUGAAAUAACCUAUAGGGAACAAUUACCUCACACACCUUCCUCUCUCUAACACCUCUUCAUCCAUCAAUUCAUCCCUUCAUCUCAGUCGAUAGGAUCACCAGAGGAGAACACUACACACACACACACACACACACAGUACUCAGAUGAUGUUAUGGUACACAGGGUGUUGUAGUGAGGCUGUCUUGUGUGUCUCGUUCUAAACACGUAACUUUCAUGACGAGUGGCAUUUGAACGAAAGAUUUUAGCGAUUACUGUUAAUUUAUUUUGUUUUUAACCACACAGGACAAGGGGAUUGUAACCACAACAAAAUUAUUUAUUUUCUAAUCAACAUAUUACUUUAUUUGCCUAGUACACAUUUUAUGAAUUUAUUUUAUAUAUAAAUGAUCCACUAUGUUAAUUCACAAUGGAAGUUCUUAUUCUGAUGUAUUCCUAAUAGAUAUUUUUACCUUUUUGAUCUGAAAGAAAUCCUUUUUUCGGUCUAAGCUGGGCUGCUGGUUAUACACGUCGCCAUGACAUUCCAUACUGUGAACAAUUUCCGGCUUGUUUAGAUUUUAGAGAACCCAAACUAAUGUCUGAACAUUUUGCUUUGUGUCCGAUUUGUGUUUUUUUCUUUUUGUACGAAUGAGCAAUGAUUUUUGCUUGCCAGAAUAAAUCCUAAAGUAUA